GGGACACAGUCAUCUCCAUCAACCAUCAACAUGGGAAAGAUCGUCUUCUUCGAGAACAAGAACUUCCAGGGUCGCUCCUAUGAGUGCAUGGGAGACUGCUCUGACAUGCACUCUCAUCUCAGCCGCUGCCAAUCCUGCAGGGUGGAGAGCGGCUGCUUCAUGGUCUACGACCGUCCCAACUUCAUGGGUAACCAGUAUUUGAUGAAGAGGGGCGAGUACUCCGACUACAUGCACAUGAUGGGCAUGAGCGACUGCAUCAGAUCCUGCCGCAGCAUCCCCAUGCACAGAGGCCAGUACAGAAUGAGGAUCUACGAGAGGGAGAACUACGGUGGUCAGAUGCACGAGAUGAUGGACGACUGUGACUCCAUCAUGGACCGUUACCGCAUGUCCGACUGCCAGUCCUGCAAUGUUAUGGAUGGCCACUGGCUCAUGUAUGAGCAGCCCCACUUCAGAGGCAGAAUGAUGUACAUGAGGCCUGGCGAGUACAGAAGCUUCAGGGAGAUGGGAAUGAACAACAUGAGGUUCAUGAGCAUGAGGCGUAUCAUGGAUAUGAUGUAA